GACCUGGCAAGUGUUUGUUUAACCUGUUUAAGUUGUUAUGCAAGGCACGCACGUUAACGACAGAAGAAGCUCCCAGGCUUGAAGUGGCAAAAAUUGACACGGUCUUGGCACUGGGACCAAGUGACAUGACCCAAUUGUAAAUACUCAAGGAAGAAUCCGCGGGAUCUUUGAAAAUAAUAUGAAGGAGGUUUUAAGAAAUUUGUCUGACACGUAAAGAUCAUCAUGAGUGCUGUCCGCACUUGGAUGCAGAUUUAUUUGCUGUGCUUCCUGACUUUACAACAGCAAACAAGAGUGUCUUCAGUUGACCUCAAGAUCCCAAGAUUUGAGAAAUUUGAUGAGCUGAGACAGAGGGUUGAGGGACACAGAGCUGCUGACUACCUGCUACUGCCACAUAUCUACAGGGCAUUUAUAAACGCUGGGUCCCCUUUGUCUACUAUGUCAAAUGUCUCUGUGUCGGGGAACUGCCUCAGCAACUUGAAGUAUUACUACACAGCUUUACAGAGGAGGAAAGCUUGGGCAUGGAAAAUGUAUGAUGCUACUGGCAAACAGUCCUCGGGUGUGUUCUUGGGAGCCACGACCUGGACCGGCAACUACGAAGAAUGUCUCGACCACUUCAUCAACUACCAGCGCAUCCGAGGCCUGAACCAGCGUCCAGAGAAGGUCACGGACGUUGGCCCAGUGACCCCUCAUUACUGCAGCGUGCACAUGACGCAUGCCCCAUGGAUGCCACAAGUGAUCGAUGCAUAUGAUUUACAGCAAUUGCCCUUUCCAGUCCCUUACAGCCCCUUCAUUGUGGAUGUGUGUGUUCCUCAAAAUUGCUCAGAGUUGGAUAUACAUCAAAUUGUGAAUGCAUUUUUGAAAUUGGAUUACAGUGGCGACAACAUUACAGUGUCAUCAGUAACGUGUCAUCACCGUCGUCCGAUCUCAGAGGAUGUACCAGCUCUUCUGUCAGCGAUCUUCUUAUUUCUUCUCCUGACCCUCGUCGUCUUGGGAACAGCUUUCGACAUAUUCCGACGGCGCCGCAAGCUGAGAGUAAAGUAUGGGCCUGAGAUCACCAUUGGUUACGACGAAGAGACGGAUAAGUUUGGCGUCCUAAAGAUUCUGCUGACACCCAGGAAAAGAAAAGGUCGUCGUGGGACGUUGUCUUCCUCAGAGCUCCUGGACAGCACCCUGAUCAAGGACACUCAGCUGAACGGUAGCUCGACGGACCGCCACACCUCCUCUCGUCGACGGACUGUCUCAGAAUGUGCCUCGGGAGAUCCGGCCACAAGGCCACUGUUCCAGCGCAUGUCUAGUGCCCCGGCCCACGCGGAUCUGCAAGACAUCCCAGAAGACAUUGAGAUAAAAACGCUGUCAGAGCGCGUGGUCAGUCCAGCGACCGCUGCGCUAGGUUCCGGCUCAGUGAUGAGCGAUGAUGAGUCAACGGGUUUCUCGUCUGACCCGAGUGUGGCAGAGAUAGGGGAGAGCCGGGGCAAUGUGCCUGCGCUGUCAGACUCUGACGGCAGCUGUAGCCCUGUUCCAUGUGAGAGAGAAGCUGGAUAUAAUCGGAAGGCCAGUAUUAUUGAAGUGCGGCCGUCUCACCGAGUGAAAAAACUCACUUCUUCGGAAAACCUGUUCACAGAUCUGCUGCUUUCGUUUUCGUUCCGGAAGAACACACGACACAUCCUGGCUGAGGGCUCAGGGGACACGCUGUUCUGCCUCAAUGGUGUCCGUGUCCUCAGCAUUACCUGGAUUGUACUGGGAAAUGUCUAUGGAAUUAUCUAUCAGAAUCCUGCAGUUGUAGGUGGGUGGGCUUUGCAUGUUUGUGUGUCUGACACAUUUCUCUUUGAACAAUAGGGGGCUUUCAUGGUCUGUCUAGUGGAACUUUGUCCGCCUCUCAUUCAGUCAGCCUCAACCCUGAUCUCAUGGUAAGUAAGAUCGAACACCUAGCCUUCUCGGGUAGGGGCAAACAAAUUUUGGUGGUCCUGUG